GGCGGGGAAUAGAGUGCGUAAGCAAGAGAAGACUGAAAUGGGAAGCGACUGUGGCACGUGGGUGCAGCGAUGGGCAAAAAAGAGAAGAAAGUUGCUGUGGCUUCCGCUGCUCCGCGGAAGGGGCUUCUCGCCCGUGGUAGAGAGAACCCAAAACAGACAGAGUAAAGAAAAUUAAGAAGCUAAAAGUGUUCUAGAAAUUUAAAAUGCACAUAGAUAAACACUUGCUACAUAACCCCCCAGAUUCAGCAAUUGUCAAUAAGAAAGGCAAAAAAAACCAUAUGAAGAAAAAAGCAAAUUCAAAACCAGAUUGCCUGAAUGAGCAAGAAAUUCCAUAUCGGUUGCGGGAAAUCAUGAGGAGCCGGGAUGAUCUCAAAAACCCUACCCGCAAGAAGAAGAAAAAGAAAACUGCAAAUAAGCAGAGGCCUCAGUCAGAGGGUGACAUACCAGUACCGAAGUUCAGGAGACGGCGAGGGGAGACAGAAAACUCAUACAAUAAACGCAUGGACCGGGAAAUUGAGCACGUGCGCUUCCUCACUGAAAACCAGAUGCAACGUGAGCCUGAAAAAGAGAUACAAGUCCAAGAAAAGUCACAGAAGAAGAAAGAAUUUCAGAAGAAGAGGCUGGAAAAAAUACUUAAGCAAAAAACAGAGAAAAAAAUAACCAUGUUGGAGAAGGACCUUUUCAAAGACUCAGUAAAAUUUGGAGAAGUUGCUCUACAGCCUCCCACACUUACAGCGAAACCCAGGAAGAGUGUUAUCAAAGACAAGGGUGAUCAAAGGCAGCAACUUCUGCUAACGUCUCUUUUGGGCUCUGGCAGAAAGGCCAGUGUUAAAAAAUCAGUCCAUGCCUCUCUCGCUCGCCAAAGGAUCGUUCAAGAGGAGAGAGAACGGGUUGUCCAGGCUUAUCGGGAUAUAAAGAAAAGGAAACAGAAGCAGCAACAGCAGUUGAAGGAAAGCUUUCUUGCUAUAGACAAACUAAAGAAACCAGCCUGAGUUGGCAGAACAGUUCUAUCAUUCCGAGAAACACGAUGCCAUUACAAACCAAUUGUAGAAUGACAAGCCAAGUCUGCUGUCUUUCUCUUUUCCACUUCGAAUGAGAGUAACCAGCAGCACUGAUAACCAGAAUAACAGCUGAGCAAUCCAAGUUUACACACUUUGCUUUUCUGAGCAGACCAGUUUUUUUAAAAAGUGUUUCUUGUAUCCCAGUUUGUUGAAUUUGUAACAUGAAAAACACACACCCCAUACUUGUUACUUCCAGAAGGAUUAGCAAUUCAAAUUGACUACAAGAAUCAGAGCUAGUUUUCAGGUACCAAUCUAUAUUGAUGUUUUUUAUAAGCCUCCUUCUGAUGUUGUGGAAAACUUCUCCAGAUAGACAUUGCAUUCCUUUUGGAAUUUUUUUAAUCUAUAUGUUUUCCCUAUACAUGGAUUAUCAAAAAAAAGAAAGAAAGUGAAAAACCAAAACAAUCCAGGCUGGGUCCCUCUUUGGAGUUUAGUUACCAGUUUCUGAAUCAAAGUGAAGAGCUUGGACCAUCUCCUCCAAGAUGUUAUCAGAGGCAGAUGAAUUGGAUUAAAAUAUGUUCCAAUACAAAUGGAUCUUGUUGCUAGUUUUGCUGGCUCUCGUCGAAUAUGAUUUCCUUGCAGAAGAGAAAUUGGACUGCUACUCCAAGGGCAGCUACUGUAUGGACAUCCACCAUUAAAUAGCAGCAAAAACUUUGAUUGGAUGAAAGGCCUUAAGAUAGGAUAAGGCAGAAGGUACACUUCCUUGGCAGAGGUUUAAGAUGAAGAGGAAGCAACAUGUUUUAUUUUGCAGAGCAUUUUUGCCAACUUUACGAAAGCGAUCAGAGGAAAACGAUGGUACCAUCUUCUGUCUUGCCCUUCCAAAUCCUGGUGCUGUUGUGCAGAAACAAGAACAUGUAUUGGCAAAAACCAAUGAAAGAACUUAAAUAAGGAAAUAAAGUGGUAUUGCUAUGCCCGGCAACAGUCACACUGUGUUCUUGACUCUACAAGCCAAAAUUAUUUUAAAAGUGGUGUGAAAAAUGACUUCAAAAAAAAAAAAAAAAAGCAAGUGUGUAUUUGUAGGAUGAAGUUCUCAAAACAAAGGUGACUGAGAAAGUGAGGUAGCAAAAUUUUGAGCAGUCCAUAAAAAGCAGAAAUAGUUGGUUGAUUGGAGGAGGGAAAAAUACAAAAUCUUUAGUUGAGAAAUACAGUAAUUUGUAUUGGGCAAAUCCUGAGGGGUGGUUGGUCCUAAAGAAGGGACUGCUGGUGUGUGGGCUUUGGAUGAUGCAGCACAGAUUUGUCAAUAGAUGGCAGGAUUUGUACGUGAUGAGGAAUUCUUUUCCUUAAGCAAGCUCUUUCUCUGAAGCAACCUUUUUACUUUAUAAUGGAAGAAUGUGGUACAGAGAACAUCCUGUGUAUAUUUCCUGUAAUUCCCCCUGCGGUUAUCUAUAGUUUUAACACAAUUUCUGAUGUUCCAGGAAGAUGUUCCGCUAAAACCUUUUAAAACGAAAUAUAGCCUGUAUUUUGCUACUAUCUCUGGGUGUAUUGUAUAGGUCAGUGAUGGCAAAUAUUUUGGGCUUGGCAUGUAAAAAAAUCAGAAAAUGUCUAAACCUGACUGCUGGCAUGUCAUACAUACACUCCAAUUAAAGAGAAACCAUU